AUGCAGCGCUCCAACUCCUCUGGCAGCUCCGCGGCCACGGCCCCCUCAUCUUCCCGUCCGUCGGUCCCGCCUCGGCCGAGGUCCGCCCCGCCCUCUCGCCCCCAACCUCCGGUUCAGGAAGCCGCGGUGGAGCAGCCCUCCGCCGGAUCUGCUGCCAAUCUCUCACUGUCGGUGCGGUACCGUAACCUCCGCCGUCACCGCACUUCGGUGGGCACCGAGCUCCGUAUUCUCUCCCGGAUCGCCGCUGCGCUCCCUGGUUCGGCAGCCUUCAACGGUGCCGUUCCGCAGUUCGACGCGGCCACGGGUGAGCCGCUGCGCCUGCCGCGCAGGACGUAUCAUCGCCACAUCUACUCCUGGACCUCUGCCGCCGACGCACGCAUCUUCCGUGGGCUGUUUGCGGUUCCUUUCCUUGUGCGGUUCAACAACAGCCGCCCGAUCGAAGUCAAGAUCUACGUCGAUCCUUACCCGGAUUUCUCGGCUGCCAAGGCUCGCGGCGACACGUACGUGGUGGUGCGGAACGUGCCGCUUGGUGUUCAGCCCGAGGACCUGCGUGAGACUCUGCUCCGCGGCAAAACUGGCGAUGACCUCCCAUGGCUCGCGGAUCUUCUGCAUUUUCACCGGCUCAAGGACCCCUAUGACGGCUCUGCCUACUCUCAGAUGCUCGGCCUCCCCGUCGCGGCUGAAGGAGACCCAGCUUUCGAGCGCAUUUCGGCUAUCCUCUGGAUCCCGGACCAAGUGGAACCUGCCUUUCUCAACAUCUCGUGUCACUCGUGCUCCCUGUGCUCGAGCAAUCAUCGGCUUGAGGACCACGCCUGCUUCGCCAUCACCCGACGCAACCGGGUUGCCAACAGGCAGUCCAUCACCAUGUCCGCGCUGCAGGCGGUUAACGGUAAUAUCCCCCCCCCCCCCCCCGGUCUUACCUUUGUUGGCGCCUCCCUGCCCUUCCUACUUGUUGGGCAAGCUCCUCGGACAGCACGCUUCCACGGCGCGUUCAAGAAAGACCCGGGCCUGCUCCUCAUUGGCCUGGACCUCGACGUGGAGGUGUGGGCUUGUUCGAUCUGCGACUUUGUGUGCGGCAUCGCGCUCGACAGCGCGAUGUUUCAUCUCAGCUCCGAGCAGCACCGCAACAGGCUGCAGGACCCUGCGCACCAGAACGUUUCCAAGGACAAAUACGGGGCCUGGAAGGCCGAGACCCUGGUGCAGCAUCACCGCAUCAAGGCUCUUCUGCAGUAG